AUGCGAACCACCAGCGCUGACCUGCGACAAUCUUGUUUACGUUUGUUUUUUUGAUUGCAUUUGAUUAGUUUUGUUGUUCACGUCGUCGUCGUACCGAUCGACGAUCGAAAACAUUGUUCGCGUCCGUUUCCCGACCGCCCGCGUCCAGUGUCCGUUCGUUACCCGUGUGAAUGUCACCGUCGUUGGACGAUCAGUAGUCGCAGCGGCGGCGGAUCGCACCCAGAGACUAUGCGUCCCGCGCUACCAUGAUCGAGAUCACGGUACCCAAUUACAGGCUGGUGCAGGACGUCAAACCCCAUUACGUGUACACGAUUAGAGUGCUGUCGGUCGGCCACCAGGAGCUGGUGGAGAAACGGUACAGCGCUUUCCACGCGUUUCACAGAGAGCUGAGAAAGUCCAUGUGCACUCCGCCGUUCCCGUCCAAGCGCAUACGAUGUUCGCAGCCUAAAGUACUCGAGCAGAGAAGGGCCGGCCUGGAGAGGUAUUUGCAGACGGUGUUCAAAAUCGAAGAUGGUUACAAACAAGUUAUGGAAUUUCUCGGUUUGAAAUACCAGCCAAGUCAUAAAAUCGACAUCAAGUAUCAGCGACCGGUGUUUCACAUGAUCAGUGAACAUAUCCCAUCCAAGAUUAGACAUGAAAAACGAUUGUGUUUACCGGACAUAAUCACUGAUGGUGUCCUUAAAGCUCUGUAUGGAUAAUAUUCGACUGCCCGCUAACAUUUAGUUAAGACAUUUAAGCACACUGUUUUAGUUUUUUUGUUUUUUUUUAUUAUUAUUUAUAUACAUUAACACUGAAAAUCAAAUUUAUUUUUAGU